UAUUAGCUUCUUCAUAUUUCAACGCAACAGUUACAAGAUGGGAUCCACGGGUUUGAGUCAUGGGGGGAUAGGCAGUUCCAGGACAACUACCAGCUUCAAGAGCUCCUCGAGUUCUGUUGACUGGCUUGAAAGAGAGAUGCUUGAUAUGAAUAUAAGGGAUAAGACGUUGGAAGAGGAUGAUGAUAAAGAUAGUGAACCAGAAGUAAUCGAUAGUGUUGGUGCCGAAGCAGGGCAUGUAAUAGCAACUACAGUUGGCGGUCGAAACGGCCAAUCGAGGCAGAAUAUUAGUUACAUAGCAGAGCAUGUGGUUGGAACAGGUUCAUUUGGAGUUGUCUUCCAGGCCAAAUGUAGAGAGACUGGAGAAAUAGUUGCAAUCAAGAAGGUUCUUCAAGACAAGCGUUAUAAGAAUCGGGAGCUGCAAAUUUUGCAAAUGUUGGAUCACCCAAACAUUGUAGCUCUAAAGCGUAAUUUCUUUUCGACCACAAACAAGGAAGAGCUAUACCUAAAUCUAGUACUUGAGUUCGUCCCAGAGACUGUUUAUCGUGUUGCAAAGCACCACACUCGGAUGAACCAGCGCAUGCCCCUAAUAUACGUGAAACUCUAUACUUAUCAAAUCUGCAGAUCACUUGCUUACAUUCAUAACUGUAUUGGCAUAUGUCACCGUGAUAUUAAGCCACAGAAUCUAUUGGUGAACCCACAUACACAUCAGCUGAAAAUUUGUGAUUUUGGAAGUGCAAAAGUAUUGGUUAAAGGAGAACCUAAUAUUUCCUACAUUUGCUCAAGAUAUUACCGCGCUCCUGAGCUAAUAUUUGGUGCAACUGAAUACACUACGGCUAUUGAUUUGUGGUCCACAGGUUGUGUAAUGGCUGAAUUACUCCUUGGUCAGAUAAUUUUACUUACAACUUACAAGUGUGUUCCUUGUUUUCUGCCUUUCCCUUCAAACAUUUUAUCACCUAUUUUGACUUUUGAGAAUUUCAUCUGGCUUUCAGCCCUUGUUUCCCGGAGAAAGCGGAGUUGA